AUAGAUGACAUGAGUUUAUUAGAAGCAGUUUCUAAGAUAGAUGACAUGAGUUUAUUAGAAGCAGUCUCUAAGAUAGAUGACAUGAGUUUAUUAGAAGCAGUCUCUAAGAUAGAUGACAUGAGUUUAUUAGAAGCAGUUUCUAAUAUAGAUGACAUGAGUUUAUUACAAGCAGUUUCUAAGAUAGAUGACAUGAGUUUAUUAGAAGCAGUCUCUAAGAUAGAUGAGAUGAGUUUAUUAGAAGCAGUUUCUAAUAUAGAUGACAUGAGUUUAUUAGAAGCAGUUUCUAAGAUAGAUGACAUGAGUUUAUUAGAAGCAGUUUCUAAAAUAGAUGACAUGAGUUUAUUAGAAGCAGUCUCUAAGAUAGAUGACAUGACGAAAUCUUCCAGGUCAGAUUUAGAAUUUGAAGAAGCACCCAAAACAUCGUCAAUGUAG